ACGGCCAAUCAGGAGUCCAAAGGCCACAUGUAUCAGAGCACGUCCGUCGCCCCCUGGACCACGCAGCCGGCAGCCCAGAGCCGGAGAGCCCAGUGAAACAGAGCCGGUGAACGCAGCCCAGUCAGUGAGCCCCCCGAUCCCGACUCCGGCGAUCUCCCCAACCCCAUGGCCUCCGCCGGCGAGGCCCCCAGCACGCUCCUCCGCUUCCUCUACUUCGUCGGCGCCGGAGUAAUCUGCACCAAGGCCAUCAACACCUAUCGCGACUACGAGCACAAGAAGGAGUCCACCGCCGCCCUCGCCGCCGCCGAAUCGGCGUUGGCUGCUGCCGCGGCGGCCGAGCCCGCUCCUGCAACCGCCGCCGCGAAGCCCUGAUUGUGGACGAGGGCCUGUCUUCGGCGGUUAGGGUUCUCGGAAUGUUGCUCUCCAUAGGGGAGAUAGAUAUUUUCUUUUGUUUCUGAUGUUUCAGCUACGUGUAUGUGCUCUUUUGGCUUGAAUCAAUCAGUAAUAAUACUUCUCUUCCUGUCUCGUGAUCAUGGUACUGCUGGCUUGAAAUUUGUUACUACAUAGUUUCCCUAUGAUGAUUAAUGUUAUUGCACUUCUGUUAGCUAAUU